AUGAUUUUUAACUAUGGUAUCGCUUAUGGUGGUGGUAGGAUUGCUAUAAGUUGCCCGUUAGCAAAGGCUCUAGCAAAGAUGCAAGAUAGAUGUAUUCAUAGAUAUCCAGAGUCAUAUGGCUCUGAUGAUCGGAUCCAUGCUUGUUUGUCCGAGCUUAGUGUUCCUCUUACUAAAGAACCAGGAUUUCAUCAGAUUGAUCUCCGUCUCAACCUAUUUUGGCCUUCUUGCGGCUAA